CUAGUGUGGAGAUUGGUGAAAGUGUGAGAGGGGAAGAUGUCUACAUUAUCCAGAGCGGCUGCGGAGAAAUUAAUGACAAUCUGAUGGAACUCCUCAUCAUGAUCAAUGCCUGCAAGAUUGCAUCUUCAUCCAGGGUGACUGCGGUGAUCCCGUGUUUCCCAUACGCCCGACAAGAUAAAAAGGACAAGAGUCGUGCUCCGAUUUCUGCAAAACUUGUGGCCAAUAUGCUCUCAGUCGCUGGGGCAGAUCACAUCAUCACCAUGGACCUGCAUGCCUCUCAGAUACAGGGAUUCUUUGAUAUUCCUGUGGAUAAUUUGUACGCAGAGCCCGCAGUCCUGCAGUGGAUUCGGGAAAACAUCGCUGAGUGGAAGAACUGUAUCAUUGUUUCGCCUGAUGCGGGAGGAGCCAAAAGGGUCACAUCAAUUGCAGACAGGUUGAAUGUGGAAUUUGCUUUGAUCCACAAAGAGAGAAAGAAGGCAAAUGAAGUGGACCGGAUGGUCCUGGUGGGCGAUGUGAAGGACCGCGUGGCUAUCCUCGUGGACGACAUGGCCGACACGUGUGGCACCAUCUGCCAUGCUGCAGAUAAGUUGCUCUCUGCUGGAGCCACCAAAGUUUAUGCUAUACUUACCCAUGGGAUCUUCUCGGGACCAGCUAUUUCGAGGAUAAAUAAUGCCGCCUUUGAGGCUGUUGUUGUCACAAACACAAUUCCACAGGAGGACAAAAUGAAGCACUGCGCCAAGAUUCAGGUCAUUGACAUUUCCAUGAUCUUGGCCGAGGCGAUCCGAAGGACACACAACGGGGAAUCCGUGUCCUACCUGUUCAGCCACGUCCCGCUAUAAAUCCAGAAUGUGAAGUGUCCAGAAAAUCUACUCUGACUUCUGACUUGUUUUUGUUUGUCUGAUUUUUUUAGCUUUAGGACUUAGCAAUGAUAGGCUAAUUACUGGCAAAGGCAUCAGAUCUUUGUAUACUCUAAGAUUCAUUUUUCUCCAUUUCUCCAUUGUUUCUCCAGAGUUCAAGAUCAUUUCUUUCCAGUUUUUGAGGGGAGGGUGGUGGCUAUUUGGUCUUGGAGUGAACUGUCUCAAAUGAGAAAUGUUUUUGUCAUCUUGACUUGUUCUGACAGGUGAUGUUUUCCUUUGUUCUUUCAGUAUUUUGAGGCAGCAACUGUCAAGUAUAUAAUUUCAUUGUGGAAGUUCAUAGUUUAUAUAUAUUCGAGGUUGCCAAAGGUGACUUCAUAUUAAAGCCUUUUGUGUAUAUACUAAUAAUGCCUAUGGACAUUUGGGUAAAACCCUGUAGGGAAUUAAUUAGCCCUUUACUUUGGAGUGAACCUUAGAAAAUUUAUAAUACCAUUAAUUUUGAAUUACUUACUUUCUUUCCUUUUUUCUGUUUUUUUGAUAACUGGGUUUUAAAUAGACCAUCUUGGGUAUUUAACUGGACCAAAUUUGAUUUGGCUUAAGAUGGCCCUUGACACUUUUUUUUCACAAACAUUAAACACAUCAGAGGCAGUGUAGUUCUGUAUAACUUUUUUACUACUUUUGAAAUAUAUUAUAACUAUCACUAACCUGAAAUGCCAUGUCCUAAAAAUCCAGUUAUGUUCAGCAAUUGCUUUGAUUUGUAAACCAUUUUGAGAUAUAGUCUGUGAACUUAUUGUCACAGUGAUGCUUUCCUUUGUCCUAUUAUCUUGUUCUUUUACUUCAUAUUUUUGCCUAUAACUUCUACUUUGCAUUUUUUCAAUAAUUUCAUAUUGUAGAUUUCCACCAAAAUAAAGACUCCCUUGUAUCCCCUCAAAUUUGCUAGUCUGAUCAUUAUUUUGCUUUUGGCAUAAAUUAAAAGGUGACUUUAUGAGUGCCACCAAAUGCAUAUUUAAUAUUAUUUUGUUACUUUUGAUUCAGUGUCCUUUUGCCCUUCGUAAUCAGAAUUAGCAAACAUCUGGCAACUGAUUAUUUUUACUAAAACUGUCACAAGAGAACUAUGGAUAGGAGAGGCCUAUAAAAAAAGUACAAAUGAGUAAACAUCAGUUGCUUCAUCAGGAUAAUAUUUAAAAAGUGACCAUGGUCCAUGCAUGGUGACUCACACCUGUAAUCUCAGCACUUUGGGA